UACAGACUCCGAGUCAGCGCGGAUCCGGAAUCCAUGCCAGGUUUUACCGGAGCCCACCUUUCACAGCUCAGACAGCUCGUGCAGACGGCAGCUCGUGCUCUCUCUGCACUGGCGCUGUUUACUGGAAGCCCCGCUCGCGCCGCUUCCUCCAACUGUCUCAACAACACUAUGAGCGGGAUCUUCUCCACGCGCGACCGCUGAAACUUCACUACCCACUAAAAGUCCACUUCACUGUCUCACUCACAAGGAGCCAGGAGAGAAGUCGCCAGCGGAGACAGCUCUGAAUUCUCCCUCACUUUUUUUUUUAGCAGACAUUGAAAGCCCCACACUCUGUUUCUCUGUCUGUCCCUGAGUGUGUGUGUGUGUGUGUGUGUGUGUCACACACUCAGCGGUUCCUGGGUCCCUGAGCACCGCUUCUCUCCUCUUCUUCUUCUUCUGCUUCGUGUGUGUUUUGUUGUCGCCGCCGUCGCCGCCGCUUCUGCUGUUGCUCCGGGAGUGAGAGCCCUAAACAGAUGAGUCAGGACUGACUAAAGCAACACAUUGUUGGUCAUGGAAGCGUGCGGUGUCCGGUGCAGGAGCGGGAUGUACGGGAUGAGAGGGGGACCUGCCGCCUGGUAGCCAGCAUCACCGUGUCUGUCCCAGAGAAAAGGGAGCAUGCCUCAGACCUGCAGACUCUUUGCUGCAGAGGACUGUCUUUCCACAAUCUGACAUUUUUUUAAAAUUAUAAUUUAUUAUUCAACUCUCAUCCCUGUUGACUUCAUUUGAGCCUGUUUGGCUUCACUGCUUCGAGAAAGGUGAGAGGAUCAAUGAUGAGUAUCUCUGAGACCAGCCGGCUUGGACUUUUUUAACAAGAAACUUUAAGUCACGACACAAACCUGCCAGAAACCACCGACACCAGGCGCCAUGGCAUGCUCCCUGUGGAAACUACAAACCCUCUGCUGGUUCCUCAUCACGCUAGCCCAAGUGCACUCCACAGAGGGGUUUAGUCGAGCUGCCCUACCAUUUGGCUUAGUACGGAGAGAGCUGUCUUGUGAGGGCUACCCCAUCGAUCUGCGGUGUCCAGGAAGUGAUGUCAUUAUGAUCGAAAGUGCCAACUAUGGCCGAACGGAUGACAAGAUCUGCGAUGCCGACCCUUUCCAGAUGGAGAACAUCAACUGCUAUCUUCCAGAUGCCUACAAGAUCAUGUCACAAAGAUGCAACAAUCGGACCCAGUGUAUCGUGAUCACAGGCUCAGAUGUCUUCCCUGACCCCUGUCCGGGGACCUACAAAUACCUGGAGGUCCAGUAUGAGUGUGUGCCCUAUAAAGUGGAGCAAAAAGUUUUUCUUUGUCCUGGGACUCUGAAAGCUGUUGGCGAUCCUUCCUUUCUAUUUGAAGCGGAGCAACAAGCCGGUGCCUGGUGCAAAGACCCACUGCAGGCUGGCGACAAAAUCUACUUUAUGCCUUGGACUCCUUAUAGGACAGACACUCUCAUUGAGUAUUCCUCCCUGGACGACUUCCAAAAUGCACGGCAAACCAUCACCUAUAAGCUGCCCCACCGAGUGGAUGGGACUGGAUUUGUGGUCUACGAUGGCGCCGUAUUUUUCAACAAGGAGAGGACCCGCAACAUUGUGAAGUUUGAUCUGCGGACUCGAAUCAAAAGCGGGGAGGCCAUCAUCAAUAACGCCAACUACCACGACACAUCGCCCUACAAGUGGGGUGGGAAAACAGACAUUGACCUUGCAGUAGAUGAGAAUGGGCUGUGGGUGAUCUACGCCACGGAGCAGAACAAUGGCAUGAUGGUGAUCAGCCAGUUGAACCCCUACACGCUACGUUUUGAUGCUACAUGGGACACCGCCUACGAUAAGCGCUCAGCCUCCAAUGCCUUCAUGGUUUGUGGAGUACUCUAUGUGGUCCGCUCCACCUAUGAAGACAAUGAAAGUGAGGUCAGCAAGAGCGUGAUCGAUUACAUUUACAACACCAAACAGAACCGUGGGGAAUUCGUUGAUAUCCACUUUCCAAACCAGUACCAGUACAUUGCAGCUGUGGAUUACAAUCCGCGAGAUAACCAGCUCUAUGUGUGGAAUAAUUUUUACAUCCUGAGAUACAAUCUGGAGUUUGGCCCUCCUGAUCCAGCACAUGCACCGCCUCUGUCAGGAGUCACCACAUCCCCUCAGCCUCAGAGAACUACAACCACCACCACGACAACCACAGCACACUGGGGCGUGGCCAACACCACCACCACAACAGGGCUCAAGGAGGGUAGCAGGGGAGCGCCCAAACCACCUCCUGUGAUUCCUCAGACUACUUCCCCUCCGCCCCUGGAGUCCUUCCCUCUACCUGAACGUUUCUGCGAGGCCAACGAGAACAGAGACAUAAUGUGGCCCCAGACCCAGAGGGGCAUGCUGGUGGAGCGACCUUGCCCCAAAGGAACUCGAGGCACUGCCUCUUAUUUAUGUGUCCUUUCCACUGGGAGCUGGCACCCAAAGGGCCCUGAUCUCAGCAACUGCACCUCCCACUGGGUCAACCAAGUAGCCCAAAAGAUCCGCAGCGGCGAAAAUGCAGCUAACUUGGCCAACGAGUUAGCCAAGCACACCAAAGGCCCUAUCUUUGCCGGGGACGUCAGCUCCUCUGUGCGCCUGAUGGAGCAGCUAGUGGACAUCCUGGAUGCUCAGCUGCAGGAGCUCAGACCCAGCGAGAAGGAUUCUGCAGGGCGGAGCUUCAACAAGCUUCAAAAGCGAGAAAGGACAUGCAGAGCAUACAUGAAGGCCAUUGUGGACACAGUAGAUAACCUUCUGCGCCCAGAGGCCUUGAAGUCCUGGCAGGACAUGAACAGCACGGAGCAGACACACGCAGCCACCAUGUUACUGGACACUCUGGAGGAAGGGGCUUUUGUCCUUGCCGACAACCUAAUGGAACCUGCCAUCGUCAAAGUUCCUGCAGACAAUAUAAUCCUCGAUGUGUACGUUCUCAGCACAGACGGUCAGGUCCAGGAUUUUAAAUUUCCACAAUCCAGCAAGGAUGGUAUCUCAAUCCAGCUGUCAGCAAACACCGUCAAGCUCAACAGUCGGAAUGGGGUUGCCAAGCUGGUUUUUGUGCUCUACAAAAACCUGGGCCAGUUCCUCGGCACGGAAAACGCCACCAUCAAGAUGGCCAACGAGGCUUACGGGCGCAACGUGUCGGUGGCCGUCAACUCUGACAUCAUCGCUGCCUCGAUCAACAAAGAGUCCAGCCGUGUAUUCAUUAACGACCCAGUGAUUUUCACCCUGAAGCACAUCGAUAUGGAGCGCUACUUCAACCCCAAUUGCUCCUUCUGGAAUUACUCUGAGAGGAGUAUGAUGGGCUACUGGUCCACCCAAGGCUGCAAACUCCUGGACACCAACAAAACACACACCACCUGCUCCUGCAGCCACCUCACCAACUUUGCCAUCCUCAUGGCGCACAAAGAAAUCUCAGUUAAGGACCGAGUGCACAUUCUGCUUCUGACUGUCAUCACUCGAGUAGGGAUCGUCGUGUCCCUCGUCUGCCUUACCAUCAGCAUCUUCACCUUCUGCUUCUUUCGGGGCCUGCAGAGUGAUCGCAACACCAUCCACAAGAACUUGUGCAUCAAUCUCUUCAUUGCAGAGUUAAUAUUCCUAAUCGGUAUCGAUAUGACAAAACCCUGGAUUGGAUGUGCCAUCAUCGCAGGGAUCCUCCAUUUCUUCUUCCUGGCUUCCUUCUCCUGGAUGUGUCUAGAGGGGGUCCAGCUGUACCUCAUGCUCGUGGAAGUUUUUGAGAGCGAAUACUCACGGAAAAAGUACUACUACGUGUCAGGUUACCUAUUCCCUGCCAUCGUGGUCGCCGUCUCUGCAGCCAUCGACUACAGCAGCUACGGGACAGAGAAAGCGUGCUGGCUAAGUGUGGACAAUCACUUCAUAUGGAGUUUUAUAGGACCUGUCACCUUUAUCAUCAUGCUCAAUCUCAUCUUCCUGGUCAUCACAAUGUACAAGAUGGUGAAACACUCGACCACCCUGAAACCAGACUCCAGCCGCCUGGAGAACAUAAAUACUUAUCGCGUGUGUGAUGGCUACUAUAAUACAGAUUUGCCAGGCUAUGAAGAUAAUAAACAGUUUAUCAAGUCCUGGGUCAUGGGUGCCUUUGCUUUGCUGUGUCUGCUGGGUCUCACGUGGUCCUUUGGUCUCUUCUUCAUCAACGAGGCCUCCAUUGUCAUGGCGUACCUUUUCACCAUAUUCAACACCUUCCAAGGAAUGUUUAUCUUUAUCUUCCACUGCCUUCUUCAGAAAAAAGUCCGCAAAGAGUACAGCAAGUGCUUCCGCCACACGUACUGCUGCGGAGGUCUGCCGACGGAGAACUCGCACAGUUCUGCAAAAACUUCAACCACACGGACCAGUGCACGCUACUCGUCGGGUACACAGAGUCGUAUCAGGAGAAUGUGGAAUGACACCGUAAGAAAGCAAUCUGAAUCCUCCUUUAUCUCAGGUGACAUCAACAGCACCUCCACCCUUAACCAAGGAAUGACCGGGAACUAUCUACUAACAAAUCCUCUCCUUCGACCACAAGGCACUAACAACCCUUAUAACACCUUACUGGCUGAGACAGUCGUAUGUAACACCCCCACGGCUCCAGUGUUUAACUCGCCAGUGACCUACAGAGAGACAAGGCACUCACUGAACAACGUGGUGAGGGAUACAAGUGCAAUGGAUACACUACCGCUAAAUGGUAACUUUAACAAUAGCUACUCUCUUCGCAACGGGGACUUUGGCGACAGUGUUCAGGUGGUAGACUGCGGCCUCAGUCUGGACGAUGCUGCCUUUGAGAAAAUGAUAAUCUCUGAGUUAGUACACAACAACCUGCGUGCCUGUAACAAAAGCCACCAACAGCAACAGCAGCAGCACCCCAGUUUACAUCAUCCACCCCACCACCAGCAGCACCCGCAGUACCACCAUCACCACCAUACGGAGCGGGCUCCGCCAAAGGUGACGGUGGUGGGAGGCAGCAGCAGCGAAGACGACGCUAUUGUCGCAGACGCUUCGUCUUUGGUGCAUGUGGGUGACACGGUGGGCCUCGAGCUGCAUCAUCAGCGAGAGCUGGAGGCCCCGCUCAUCCCCCAGCGGACUCACUCACUUCUGUACGCUCCCCAGAAGAAGGUGAGAACCGAUGGGGGAGUCGAAACCUUUGUCAGCCAGCUGACGCCCACCAACCCCGACGACAGUCCGCAGUCCCCAAACAGAGACUCUUUGUACACUAGUAUGCCUAAUCUGAGGGACUCUCCGUUACCCGAGAGCAGCCCUGAUGUGGUGGAGGACCUGUCCCCCUCCAAAAGGAGCGAGAACGAGGACGUUUACUACAAGAGCAUGCCUAACUUAGGAGCAGGCCAUCAGCUACAGGCCUAUUACCAGAUAGGCCGAGGGAGCAGUGAUGGUUACAUUAUUCCUAUCACUACAGAGGGCUGUAUCCCCGAGGGUGAUGUACGGGAAGGACAGAUGCAGCUAGUGACAAGCCUUUAAAUGUAUUUAAAUAAUCCCCAAUCCUGCCCUUUUGCAGCCCUGACCUUUUAAAGGACACACUAGUACAGGGAGGGAAAGUGUUUGUUUUAUUUUUUAAGAGAUCCUAGAACCCCCGUCUAACACACUUGUCAUUUACAAACCCUCAGCUGCACCUCCAUCUCCUUUUCCCCCAAACAAUGCCACUCUUCUUUACUUCCUUGCAGACUUGGUGCACAGUGACGGCAGUGCAGAGAUUCAAUGAGACUGUACAUAAAAUGCAGAGUUGAAUUCAAUUUUAAGAGACAAGCCAACUAUGUAUUAAAUGUGCUGCUGCUGUUGAAUUAUUGAGAAAAAUUUAAGGUACAAAAAUAAAAAAAAUACAAAAUAAAAAAAAAUCAUUACUGGCUACAUCAGAUCAGCAAUUUCCCAGUGAAAAGGUUGUACAUACACUCCCCAACAUCCUCUUCGAAGCCUGUUUUUUUUUUUAAAUUGUGAACAAAUCAAACCCCCCUGGGCCAGGACGUGGACUCUGUAACAUGUUCCUAUCAGACUGUUAGAAAAGGAAUAGGAGAUCCUGUUUGCCCAGCGUCGCCCUCCAUCACCAUGAAGUUCGGAUUGUAUAACCACUAGCAAUCAAGCCCCUGGCCUUAUAUUUUCUCAACUGUACAUUGAACUGUUGUCAAGGAAAAUGGCUAAAAUAUAUAUUUUGUUGUAUUGCUAGUGUAAAAUAAAAAAUCAUGGGAAAUCGUAAAUAUGAAGAAACCUUUUAAUUGAAAAGUGUAAUGUUGGAGAGACUAUUGUGUAGAAGUUGCACAUAUGUUAUACAGUGUGUUUAUGGUUCCAACACGUCAUCAUGGUAGUAUGUUUGAGCUUAUGGAAGAUUCAACUGAUUACAAAGAUGCAUUAUCACUUUUUUCCACUUGUGAGCAGUGGUUUUUUUUUUUUUUUUUGCUUAAUGAGUUUCAUUGAUAUCGCCCGUUAAAUUAUGUCUAUUUGAUUUUGCCAAAGUAUCAGAACUUUAAAAGAAUGGGAAUGCAAAUCCCCAGUUAAAGUGAUUUAUGCAUUGCACAGUUUUUUUGUGUAACUCUGAAUGAAAUAGAUCUUUUAACAGUCAUAGCAGAGGGACGGGCGAACAUACAUGAAACCGACUUUUGACAAUAAAGUUUCUAUCAUAAUGUAGUUCUUCCGCCUGGGUUUUGACAUUUUAUUUAUUGAAAUCUUUCCAAAAAAAUGAAUGGGAAAUGUGUGAAUAUUUUCCAGCACUGGUAUACAUGCUGUACUGUAGCUCAUGUUUUCUAUGUAAACAUGUUACCAAUGGGCUCAUCACUUAAGACUGAUGUAAAGUUCAACACUUGUUUAACAAAUAAAAUAAAUGUGAGAGUUUUUGUCAAUUGCCAGUUGCUUUUCAAUGCUUUGUGUUUUUGGUACAACAAAUGCUUUUGCUAUGGACAAAAGACACUUCUGACUCAGGUUAUUAGCAAGUCCCGAGCACCUUAAGAGGUCAAUUGAUUGAUUUGCUUUUUGUUCUGUUUUGUUUUUCUUUUCUUUCUUCAAUCACUGCAGAGUAGAGAGAGCUCAUUUCACCGUGUGUGUUAGAGAAGCCAAACCUUUCCAUGUGAUUCAAAGAUGAGAAACUCAGGUAGGAAAAAUUACUCUGUAAAUGUUCCUCUGUGUGGCUGUAACACUAAUAAAGGUUCGAAAAUGA